AUGGAGCCGCACCAACGUAUCCCUUUGCGUUUGCCAAUUAACGGAUGGGAUCUCGAAAUCCCAGAUGCUGUCCCUUCUACUUCUGCUGCAGCGACACCUUCUCCUGCAGCUACUUGUUCUGCUUCCACAGUUACUUGUGCUUCACCGCUUCCUGUGGCAGCUGACACUGCUGCACCCCGACUAAGGAAGGCGGCUGUCCCUUCCAAGGCCAAGGAACUGAUAAGCCUGGCACUGCUUCUCCAGCUGCCAGAUAGAGCUACAGGCUCCACAAUGUGCCACUUAGUUAAUGCUGAAGCUUCACCGAUCGGAGCAGGCGUAGCCGCUACCAGGAGCAGCAAAGCUGGGAGUUCCAACGGCACCCAACGAAUUUCAUGGGGAAACUGUCAACAACCCGGGCAGUCUGCUGCAGUCUCCGCUGCAGCAGCGGCAGCAGCAGCAACAGAAGCAGCAGCAGGGGCGAUGCGCCACUCUCCCAGGGCACUACAGCAACAGCGACUGUCUUGUGCGGCAACAGCAACAAGAACAGCUCUUGCUGCGGCAAAGCAACGGGUGCUCGAGAAACAGCAGCAACUUUUGCACUAUCUAAGCUGCAUAGCAACGGGGGAGCAGCUCCUAAGAGAUAUAAAACGACAGCAGGAGCGUCCCAAACCACCUACAACCCUCAGCCGAAUGACAGGGCCGUUGCCACAGCAACAGCAACACCCCGAGGAGCAAAGACAGCAGAGGCACCGAGAGCUCAUGCAGGUGCUGCGGGGUCGAUCUCUCGCGCAGAAGAAAACAAAAGACCAACAGUUGCAUAAGUGGCAACAGCAGCAGCGGCAGCGUUUGAGAGGGACGAAACGGCAGUUGCCAACGAGUACUUUGCAACUAAUUUACUUCAGGUUGCACCGAAAGGUGGAGCAGCUGGAACUGUUGCAAAAGAGGCAGUCAUAUACUCAAUCGCUGCACCAAAUUCAAGCGAAGCGAAAACACCAGCACUGGGAGAAACAGGGAGAACAACAUCACCAGUGGCAGCAGCAACAACAAUGCCAAGAGCAACUGCAGCAGGGGCAGCAGAAACAUUUGGAGCAGCAGCAUCCACAAGACACGCCAACCGGCUUACUGCAACUGUCAACAACUCAUAGACACCAGCAACAGCAAAUGACUGGGCUGGCUGCACAGCAGCAUCAGAGUGGGCCGCCGCAAAAUAACUUCGCGGACAGCACAUUUCUAACUUCUUGCGAUGACAAUCCUAACCCUCAACCCUCCUCUACUGGUACUGUUCCUGCCGAUGCUGCCAUUGCUGACCGUGCCACUGCUGCUCCGUUUACCCCAGAAAGUUUUGCUCUUCCAGCAGUUGCUGGUGUUGCUGCUGCUCCUGCAAGCGCCGCUCCAAAGUGUGCAGUAAUAGCACCGCUUUCUUCAGCAGUGAUAGAAGGGACGAGCGGUGCGGCUGCUGCUGGUCGUUCUGCCAGUCAUAAAGUUUCACGUAACAACCAGCUGGCUCCUCUUGCAACAAAUGCUCCGAAAGCUUGCCCAGCUGGUGCUUCUGUGACUCCCGUUGCUGCUACGUCCGCUGCUGGCUCCGAUGGUGCUGUAGUCCCUCUACAGCUUCUAGAGAUGCCAACACCAUCCGCACAUAACAACUGUUUCAGCAGCCGAUACAACAGCGGACAACGCCUUGAGCAGCUGCAGCCAACGGGACAACAGCAGCAGCAAGACCGCCGUAUGCAUCUGGUGUUGAUGCUGGUAUUGUUGCUUUGUGAGGCUGCAGCAGCACCACAAUCCCUGGCGAUAUGUCGGAGGCAGCAGCUGCAGAAACUGGCUGCCUCCAGAACAGAAAGUCUGGCACAUUUUAGGUCAGUUUUGGAAGCAGCAGCAACAAGGUGCAAUAAGCUUAUGGCUGCAAAGGAGGCGUUCAAAGAGCACGUGCGCAGCAACGGGCCAAUGGUGCGCCGCAACGUGAUAAACGGUCAGGCGAGCAAAAGGAGCCUUGGAGUGUACCAACACCGAGCGGCAGCAAGCGCACGAAAGGCAGAAAAACUUCAACUAGAGGAGGAAGCAGCAGCUGCAGCUGAAGAACAGCUACAGCGGGAAGCUGAGGCACUGCUGCCGUACAAGUCAGUUGGUGGUUUGGAGAAUUUGUUCCAGGAACUAGAGGCAACUCAGAUGACGGCAGAUGGACUGGAGGCCGCAGCAGAAGAGGCGAACAGCAGACACAGAGAUGCUGCAGGGACUUUUGGCCUUUUAUGCCAGAAAACUAACAACAUGUUUUAUAAUCUCUCCGUCAUGCGCCUGUAUGCCCUGGGUAUUGAAAAGGCAGCUCAGGGAGCUGCAGUACGCCGCGGUCCGCCUAAGCAUCAGCCGGUGCAAGCCGUAGAGUAUUUCCUAGCGCAGCAGCAGCUGCUGCGACUGAAGGACUAUAUCGAAAAGUUGGACGCUGUGUUGCAAGACCUCCAGGAGGAAACGAAGAAACCUACUGGCUUUGGUCGAAUACCAGCAGUGUCUCAGGACUCCCAGUCAGCCAGUGAAUGCAUGGAUAUUGUUGAGUUUCUGCUGCAUUUCUUCUCUGCGGUGCCUGAAUCGGCCAGCUACCUGAAGUCCGUCAACAUCAACAUAGACUUGCUGCUACAGCUCCAGCAGGAACAACAGCAUCAACAGCAGCAUGAAGUGGUAUCUUGCCCUGCCGGUUGCGGGGAAGCGUUCUGCUCCGUACGGUGUCUCGAGAGGGACGUCGUCCAUAGGCAGCUGUGCGUCGGCCGCUUGAGUGAGGAGGCGCCUUUGGUUGCCUUUAAACGUUUUGCUGUAGAGCACUGCGAAAACCUACUUCUGGCUGCUGCAGCCAUUGUAUCAGCAGCAACUGCUGUAGUAACAGCACCAGGAGGAGAUUCGAAUGAUGCGGAAGCCGCUGCUAGGGCCAUGCAGCUGCUGCAAUUGCUGCUGCAGCACAAACAUGGACAGUGGCACGAGGAGGAAGAGAUUGAGACACCCACAAGGGCUGGAGUGAUGGAAGAGAAAACAGGUGAAGAAACGGAAGAAGAGACUGAGCUGAGUCGAAAAGCUAUUGUCGAAAGAGGGUCAAAUCUGCUGUUGUUGGGUUUGAGAGAUGCCUCUCCACUGUACGUGCACCUCGUAUCGCCUCGCCUUGUUUCUGAAUUGCUGUCACUCUUCGAGCAUUGCAAUUCGGACCUGGAAGUUCCCAACCCCCUAAACGCCUUCUUUGGCUUCUGCUUUUCACGUAACAUAAUCGUCGGUUCCGAGGGUCUGCAGGUUCUACUGGCAGAGAAGGAAGCGGCCCUCGCUGCACUCUUCGGGGAGCAGCAAAAAGAAGACGAAGCAAGCAACGACGAAGAUGCCGGCCAGUACCCUCAGAUAACUCAUGUAGAGGCAGAUACAGAAGGGGAUAUGCAGACUCUACGGAAGCUGUAUUUGAGCAAGCCUCCGUACUCCCUCUGCCCCCCUCCAGUAGGCCAGGGCCGUGAAUUCCCCCCAGUGAAGCAGACGGCGUUCUUCUGCUCCAUUGCUCGUGUCAACCACAGCUGUGUGCCCAAUAUGGAGGUGGAGUGCACGUCCACGCGGCCCGGAGGACAAAUGUUGUUAAAAUUGGUGAGAGACGUACAGCAGGGAGAAGAGCUUUGUGUGUCCUAUCUCAAGAACUUGCCCCUCACACACAGACAUCUGAGGAGACAGAGGCUUGAAGAGUUUGGAUUUGAGUGCAAUUGCGCCUACUGCGCCAGCGGCCUCUAG